UGUACAAAUUCUGUCCCGUUCAGUGAGAUGUUUGAAGGAGUGCGUCUUUAGCUCUAUGAUGGGAUAUGAGAUGGCUCUCCCAUGUGGAGAAAAAUGGACAAUGCACUGCCUCACAGCCUCAUUUGCGCAAUGAGUCACUUUGGGUUAACUUAUUAUAGCCCUAUACAAGACAUUUAUAGCCUUGCACAGCAUCGUUACUUCCGUCCUCAGUUACGAGAAAGGUGGUAAACAGUGUUUUAAUUUAAUAAAAUCCCAUCUCGAUGGACACUACUAGUGAAAUUGUAGUUGUAACAGGUAGGUGGUUUAUUUUGGGUCGGUAAACUGACGCAUUCAGCACUUAUUUUGUCGAGCGAAAGUUGUGUCGCCGUUAAAAUGGUUUCGCUGUGUAUAGGCCUACUAAAGAUCAUGUUAUUGGUUUUGCCUAACGUUAAUUAGUCAGCUCUAAUACGUUUAUGUAUGUCAAAUGCCGUAUAUUUAUUAAUUUUUCUAAUUUACUAGGUUUUGCCCCUUUCCGACAAUAUGUAGUGAAUCCAAGUUGGGAGGCAGCUAAGGGAUUGAAGAUGGAAGGACUUGCAUUGGGCAUAGAUGUCCAUAUUAUGGAGAUUCCUGUCAGUUAUGCAAAAUCACAACAAGUCCUUGAUCAUAUCUUGCAAACAGUGACUCCAAAGGUUGUUAUCCAUUUGGGCAUAGCCCCAGGUGCCAAAGGCAUUACACUGGAGCAAACAGGCAAGAACCACUGCUACAAAGACAGGGAUGUGAGUGGUCUGUGCCCUGUUCAUCACUGCUGUAUUGAGGGAGGACCAGAACGACUGGACUCUGUCAUAGACAUGAGGUCCCUUAGCAAGCAUUUAAAGAAUAUGGGACUUGAUGUCAUCUACUCCAGAGAUGCUGGGAGGUACCUGUGUGAUUUUGUAUACUACUAUUCACUGUACCAUGGGCAGGGAAGGGCUGCGCUGAUCCAUGUGCCAGCCUCAGGCAGCCUGGCAAGCCCAGAGAGAGUGGUACCACAACUCCAGACCAUCAUCCACGCUCUGUUACGCCAGCUGGACAGCUCUGAACACGCAACCUCAGAGUACGUGGACAGCACACAGACUGAGACCUCACACACACUCAGCUUGAUGGGAGAGGAGCAGUACUGGGUUCAACCAGACGGGGGCCAAAGACACUCUCUGGCAUCUCAGAAACAGAAGGAGCGCGAGAGUGAUGCUUCAGGCAACUACACUGUAUCAUUAUACACAAACGAACAAUAAGUAGUAAAGAAAACGCCUGUGAUUCAGAACGACGUGGAGGUAUUUAUGACAAACAAACACAGAUCCCCCCCGAGGAUAUGGUUUAUGCCCAUCCCAGAUGAACUAACAAAUAGGCACGUAACAAACAAAAAUGAUUCUUAACAGAGAUCCUUGUGCAACCUCUUUGGAUCACUACAUCACGAUCAGACUGUACAAAAAGUUCAGAAGAUUAAUCAAGCUGACUACACAAGAACAUACUGCUCAUACAACAUAAAAUAAUAUGCAGCUGGAAAGUAUCCUAUAAAUUAAACAAACAAAUAAAUCAAUAUUUAUAUGAUUUAAACUUCAGUAGCAAAAACACUGUUUAGUUGGUAAGUUCAAUUCAUUUUUGUGAAUCGAUUAAAUUAUUUGAUCAAAUCUGAGUAAAUAUUCUGAUUCAGCAAUUAAUUUGCCUCAUCACUCAGAAUUAUUUAUUUAUUUAUUUAUUUAUUUAUUUAUUUAUUUAUUUAUUUAUU